ACAGUUUUCCGACGACAAACUAUGUAAACGGACGCGUUUGCUGUUACUCGGGCUUCCACUAGAAAAUACGUUACUUUUCGAAAAAAUUGAUCAUUCGUGAGGCAAUUUGUUUCAAUACUAGCCUUGAAGACAGUAGAUGACUGUAUACAAUGAAAAGUGUUUUUGGUUUGACCCAAGGUUGAUAAUCGGAUUGAAGAACAUCAAAAAAUAACUAAUUGUAACUUGUGAUGCGUUUUCUGACUUGGAACUCUUUAGUCAUGUUCGACAUUGUGUUUGUGUUUUUUUUAUUUUUAAUCGGUGUUACAUGUUUGGUUUAUUAUCUGCCGAACAGGAGAGCAGAAGCAGAUGAUCAUCCACUUCAAUGUUACAUUAGUACUUCAACGUCGGAGAUCCAAGGGUCUAUCAUCGACCAUGUGUAGUUUAUUUGGGAAUGUCUCGUUUUGGACAGAACAGCAGCGAUAGAAGUGGCUCUUAUGGAGAGCCAAGUUUGGGGGAUUUCCUGACAGCACGCCCCUCGGGCCUUCUAGAGACCGAAUCGUGGGCCAUCCUUUAUCAGGCAGUACAAGCUCUUCAAGAUCUAUUUUUGUCAGAUGGUGCCUUUAGUAGCUCUUGUGUUCCUAUAGUAACACCCCAGUCGCUUCUGUUGUCUUCUAAAGGUAAAGUGAAGUUGUACCUUAGUCAUUUGCCAUUAGAUGGAGGAUCAUCAGGACAUCUUAAAUGUUAUCUAGCGCCAGAGUAUAUAUCGAGGAAACGAUAUACUGAUACCGAAACGGAAAAAAUGUGGAUCUACGCUCUGGGCGAAAGUCUGAAAAGAGCCACUUUGACCAGCCAUGUCGCAACUUCACGUUUAAGUGGUGAGUUAUGUCAAAUCCUGACGGAUAUGACGCAUCCCCAGGCGACCUCGAGAGCUUCAUUGAUGCAUCUUUUAGAUAUUAUAUCAGGUUAUUGUAAAAAGAAACAGCAACAUCGACCUUUUUCUCAUAUUGUAAUGGAUUUACACCAAGAGACGGUUUCUGCCUUAGAAGUGGCAAUGGAUACCGCUUGGGGUCCGCCCGCUAUGCCAGAGAUACAGCCUAGGACAAUAAAUUGGACGGACAUCAACUCCGACAAUUUCGGAGCAAUACCCAGAAGAUGGGUGGGUUUAACCCGUAACACAGAUUCUUGUCUUCCUAAAUUAACUAAAGAAGCUAGUACUAGUAUGGAGGACUUGUCUUGUAGCAGACAAUUAUUCGAAAUACCCGGUAGUGUAGUUAGACCCAAAUCUAUGUAUGUAGCAGAUAGUGUUAGACUUGAUAGUGAUAUUUUUCGUAAAAAUCAAAAUAUUGGACAACGUGUAUAUAACGAAACUAUAUCUAGAGAAUUAGAUAGUGGGACCACCAGUAAUAAAGAUAUUAAUCAUAGAAGACUGAAAGUUCGGCGGAAUCCUGUUCAGAGGGCCGCUUCCCGUUUGUACAGGGUAAACAGCGAAACACAUAUCGGCAGUACUCCUAGAGAAUGCAUAGGGCCGGAGUUUGUAAUCAGAGCUUCUUUAUCAAGUAAGCAAUUAGUAAUGCCAGAAGUCAAAACACAUAUAGGACGAACGGUUACUGUUAUUAUGCUAAAUGGACAGAAGUUGGAUGUUCUCUGUAAUCCUAAUUCUACUACUGCUGGGAGACUGUUUGAGUUAAUUAUUCAAAAAGAACACAUCGAGGAAAAUUUUAUGUUUGGUUUAUCGGCACUAAUAUCAGGAGAUUUUGUAUUCCUACCAUCUGAUACUAGAAUAUCUAAGGUGUUCCAAGAGGAUUCUUAUCAAAAUAGUAACAUUACUCUAUUUUUUAGGGUGAGAUUUUUCUUACCGACCCUUCGAGGAUUUCGAGGUAAUGAAUCCAGACAUCUAUUAUAUUUGCAGCUAAGGAGAUCAAUUAUAGAACAUCAAUUACCUUGUUCGUUCAAGCAAAUAGUUGAACUUAAUGGAUUGGCGUUACAAGCGGAAUUUGGAAACUAUAAUCCUAGGGAACACGGUCAAAGAGAUUACUUCUUAAUAGAACAUUAUAUUCCCGAAUCCAUGUCUUCCGCUGUUGAAAAUGUCGAAAAACUCAAACUUGAACUAAUUCAGGCACAUAAAUUCAAAUAUGGAAUGGAUUCAGAAAAAGCCGAGGAAAGUUUUAUAUUGUUAGCUCAAACUUUUCCACAUUAUGGAGGACAUUUUUAUAAUGCUCGUUGGAUAAUGAAAGACAACAGUCAAAAGGAUAUUUGGCUGUACAUUAGCGCGCAAGGGAUGAAUAUGUACGAAAGGGGUGAAAAUACAAGUCAGUUUGGACCCAAGUUGCAUGAAAAAUUCGAAUGGAGAAAUAUACAGACAUUAUGUUAUAGUAAACAAUAUUUAUGCAUAUUACCACAUAGUAGUUACCAAUCCAAUCAUAAAUUGAAGAAAUAUAAACUAAAAAUGGAUAGAAAAAAAAGUUAUUUUACCUUCCGUCUAGCGUCAUUACACCAUCAAUUUUUUCUGCGUUUCCGAACAGACUACAUCUCGUCUUAUACUCUAUCCCAGCAGUUCGGUGUACCGUUGAAAGAUAUGAAAAACGAAGCUAAUUCAUUGUAUAAAUUGGAUUCAUUAAUCAAUACUAAUCAAACAAAUCAAAAAUCGGAGAAUGUUGAUACAGAAUUCAAAAUAGAAUUUAGAUCAUCCUCUCGAAUGAAAAGACGCUUAAAAGGAUCGAAUAAAUUAAAAAAAGCGAAAAGUAUUGGAAAUUUCAAUGAAAAUAUCAAUGAAUGCUUCCAAAACAGGGAGAAUGAGAAGAAUGGAUUUGGUUUGGUUCUUGAAAGCAAACAUCUUUCUGGGUUUGCUGUUAGUUCCAAUGAUAAGAGGAGAGGAGUCAAAAUGGGCACAAGAGCUUAUGUGACCUGUAAAUCUGGUUUAUCUAGAUCAAUGGAGGCUGUAAAUGCCAUUAAUCCUGAAUAUCUAGAAGAAAUGUCUUUGCAAUCUGUCUCACUACAUUGCAGCUCUACUUCGGCUUCUAGACCUACUACGGGAAAGUGUACACCAAAUGAAGUGUAUGUUCUAGAUUCAACUUUGAAACCAUCCAGUCAGCUACUUUUGCCAAACUUCCAAGAAACAAUAAGUCAAUCUCUUCAAGAAAAGUUGAAUAAUUUAUCUUUUGUAGAAGAAAGAAUUCUUCUCAAUGUAACGAUAAAAAGAGAUGAAAGAGAUAGCUUCGGCCUUCAAAUAACGGAAGGUUCUGAUGGAAAUGUAUACGUUCAGUCAGUUAUAGAAGGGGGCCCCGCACAUCUUAAAGCAAAUGUCCAAAGAGGUGAUCAAAUCAUUGCCGUGAAUCAGAAAUCCUUACUUGGUUUAAAAUACAUCGAGGCUUUACACAUAUUGAAAAAUACUAGUACUGAGGUUCAAUUUACUUUGGCCAGAUCGCAAAAUUCUGUAGGGAGAAAUUCAGUGCAAAGAAAUGAAUUACAAGUAGUAUCUUCCAAUAGUCCCAUAGAAAAACAUCUAACAGAGAGCUGUAGGGACAUUUAUAAUAUUAAUAAAUAUGGUACUUUCAAACAUCAAGUAGAAGUACCGUAUCAUAAACAUAUCCGUUAUGAGGUUGAGCCUGUAGUAGAAUUAAUGGCAAAUAAAACUGAAUUUCCAAAGUUGAAUCUUCCAAGAUCUUUAUCAAAAUCAUGUACCAACUUGUAUUCUUCGGAUCAUGAUAAAGCUAUUGUUGUCGAAUUGAUACCUAAAGAACACAUUGAUCCUUCAAAUUUUAAUUCAUUGGACAGAAAAUUAUUACAAGGAGAUUUUGGUAAAAUGUUUGUACCAGUACCUCGAACUUUAGGUGUUAGUAGAAAGUGGAGAGGUCCGGUGAAAUAUCCGGUCACUCCUGUAAAGAAAUUAUGCGAUCUCGAUGACACCAACACUUACUUGUCUACUUCAGAUGAAGAACAAGUUUUUAUUUAAUAUUUAAACUAUCGACGAGUAAUAGGAAUUUGCUUUUUACAAGGUAGUUAGUGGAAUUAUGUAUUUGAAAAGAAAGUAGAGUAAAUAAAGAGUUAUUAAGAAAA